CGCUGUGGUGUCAGGAGGCCCCGAGCCAAUGACGAGCCAAAACCAGCCGGUGCCCGGGUCGUCGGUGUGGAGCACGGUGUUCCGCCACGUCCGGUACGAGAACCUGGUGGCGGGUGUGAGCGGCGGGGUGCUGUCCAACCUCGCGCUGCACCCGCUGGACCUGGUGAAGAUCCGCUUUGCCGUGAGUGAUGGAUUGGAACUGAGACCGAAAUAUAAAGGAAUUGUGCACUGCUUGACUACCAUUUGGAAACUUGAUGGAGUACGGGGACUUUACCAAGGAGUAACCCCAAAUGUGUGGGGUGCAGGUUUAUCCUGGGGACUCUACUUUUUCUUUUACAAUGCCAUCAAAUCAUACAAGACAGAAGGAAGAGCUGAACGGUUAGAGGCAACAGAAUAUCUCAUCUCAGCUGCCGAAGCUGGAGCCAUGACUCUCUGCAUUACAAACCCAUUAUGGGUAGCAAAAACUCGCCUUAUGUUACAGUACGAUGGUGUUGUUAACUCCCCACAGCGGCAAUAUAAAGGAAUGUUUGAUACACUUAUGAAAAUAUAUAAGUAUGAAGGUGUGCGUGGAUUGUAUAAGGGGUUUGUUCCUGGGUUGUUUGGAACAUCACACGGUGCCCUUCAGUUUAUGGCAUAUGAGUUGUUGAAGUUGAAAUACAACCAGCAUAUCAAUAGAUUACCAGAAGCCCAGUUGAGCACUGUAGAAUAUAUAUCUGUUGCAGCACUAUCCAAAAUAUUUGCUGUAGCAGCAACAUACCCAUAUCAAGUUGUGAGAGCUCGUCUUCAGGAUCAGCACAUGUCUUACAAGGGUGUGUUGGAUGUAAUCACAAGGACGUGGAGGAAAGAAGGCAUUGGUGGAUUUUACAAAGGAAUUGCUCCCAAUUUGAUUAGAGUGACUCCAGCCUGCUGUAUUACCUUUGUGGUAUAUGAAAAUGUGUCACAUUUCUUAUUUGACCUUAAAGAAGAGAAAAAGUAACUAAAAGAAGAAAAGUCCGGGACAUCUGCCCAAGGCAGCAACAUGCUCCCUUGUGUUUGAAAUGUAAAACUCAAAAUACUACACAGCAACAUGGCUCAUCAUCAAAAGUGGUCUAUAAUCAUUAGGGGUCAAAAAACUGCUAAGUCUUCACAAUGUUUUUCGGUUUUUUUGCCUUCCCCAUGUAUGUGGAACUUGACUAUCUCUGCCUGAACUAUCUGCCAUCAAUACAACAGUAAAGCUGACAUAAAAUGGAGAGUUUCAUAAAUUUCUCCAUUUCACUGUUCAAGUAGAAGCUGAUUUGCAGCAUUUGCUAAAUGGAUUAGGUGAAUGUACUUCUUUUCCUGAACUCAUUUGCCUGAAUUAGCUUUAAAAUUAGCCUCUGUGCCAUAGCAAGAAAAUGGCUUCCUGUAAGAAUGGCAUCACUGUUUCUCGGGUAGACUAAACUUUAAGGAUUUGCUGGAAAAGAUGUUGCCCAAAUCCAGACCAUUUUAGAACUGGGAAAUUUUGGUGAGAAAAAUAAUUUACUUUAAAUGUGCGUUAGUUUUAAUUCAGUUGGAAUAAUGAACUAGAGAAAUUUGAGAAGUUAUGUACUUCUCCCAAUUUGAGAAAUAUCUGACAUCUGUUGUCAUUCCAUCACUGAUUUUAUUGCCAGAGGUUUGUUUUUCCAUAAUUUAAAUUGUAAUCCUGGAUCCCAUUAUUUUUUGGCAUGGGCACCUAAGUGUCUUUUACAUUUAUAAAAUCAACUAGAAUCCAGCUGUGUCAGCCCUUAUUUAGCAUAUAAAUCACUUACUGGAGUUGUCAGUAAGUGACACCUUAUACAGAUACUGGGAUGACUGGGAUGUGUUUGUUGACAAACUGCAUGGAGCUGAGAAACUUUAAUUUCCUACUUCAGUUUUCGUAUAUAUGGGCCCAGAUCCCAAAUAAAUGACUAAUCUACAUUGGUUACUCAAAUUCAGGUUCAAGUACAAAUUACAUUAAUAGCCUUUCUUGGUUUUACUUUUAUGAGUCAUUGUAAAUAUCUAUAAAUAUAAAAAGUUCUGCCCCAAAAGGAUGCCAGAAUAAUGCUAAUAUUUUUAUUUAUCAUAAAUAUCCAUGACUGCUAUUGCACUACCAUCUAUUUGCUGUAAAUAAAAUGUGGUUUUGAAAGCCAUAUUUAAACAAUUCUUUGAAAAUAGAUCUAUUUUUUAUAUCUCAAAAAUGGCAUUGUUUUAAAAAUAAAGGUGAAAUGAUAAGUACCUAAUUAUAUUUACUAUAGUUUCUUGUAACAUGCCCAGGAAUACUUUAUAAAUUAAAUAUGAUGUGUUUUUCA